AGCGCCGUCUAUGUCCAAGGAAGUCGACCAUUUUCUUUCUUGUCAUACCGGGCAACAGCACGUGUGGUUUGUAUAGAAAAAAGAUCUAUAGCCAGCAAGUUCGCUUAGUCAUUGUUCUAAACGUUAACAAUUUACGAAUAACCUUAUCACCCGUCGAUUGAACCAGUCCGUAGCCCUACAAGCAACAUGAACACCGAUAAAUUGAAGAAAUUGCAGUCCCAAGUGAGGAUUGGAGGUAAAGGAACACCCAGGCGAAAGAAGAAGGUUGUCCACUCGACCCAAGCUACAGAUGACAAAAAACUGCAGUCGUCAUUGAAAAAACUCUCAGUAAACACCAUCCCCGGCAUCGAGGAGGUUAACAUGAUUAAAGACGAUGGCACGGUUAUUCACUUCAAUAACCCAAAAACCCAAGCAUCCUUAGCCGCAAACACAUUUGCCAUAACUGGACAUGGCGAGAACAAACAAAUUACCGAGAUGCUCCCCGGUAUUUUGAAUCAGUUGGGCCCCGAAGGCAUUUCUCAAUUGAAACGUUUGGCAAGUUCUGUUGCUAAUGCGGGAGGUGUGAGUAAAAUUGUACCAGAGGAUGAGGAGGAUGUUCCCGAUUUAGUGGAAAACUUUGACGAGGCGAGUAAGGCUGAGGUUGCAAAGAAAGAAGAACCUAAAUCUGAGGAAAAGCCAAACGACACUGCUUAAGUUCCCACACCUACAAGUUAACGCACUGCGGAUAAUCCCAUAGCUGUUUGGUUAACUUGCAACAAUGGUAUCCUUAAUUCUAGUUAUCAUAAGAUUGAAAUUCAACGGAAUACUUGGCAUCAGUUCAGUGGGGUCAAAUUUGUAGAUUUAAAAUCCAAUGAAUCUCAAUCUUGUACUAACUGACUUUACUGAUACCCGUUUUUAGUGUAAGAGUUUGGAGGACUUCCGAACCAAACAAUCUGUUUGCGGAAACAAAUUGAUCAUUCGUUUUACUUAUCUAAUAAUAACAUUUUGUUAAUCGGAAUUUAAACAGACUUUUCUGAAUACAUAUAUAAUUACAUAAUAA